CAUUACUGUGUUUUCGUCUCUCUCAAGUCUUUGUCCCUGGUCGUUUACAAUUAUUCUAUAGUGCCAGUGGUCGGCGGUGCGCUAGUUGCUGCUAUGGCCGCUGAGGAGAAUGCGGUGUUCACCGCUUUGGGCUUGAACGAGCCUGCAGUGCCCUAUCUGGGUACAUUGGACGUGAAUGAAACAGAGGAUGAGUUGGGUCGUGGCUCAUUUGCUGUAGUUUACAAGACUAAAUGGUGUGGAUUGAAGGUGGCCGCAAAGGCACUUCAUUCUAUCCUGAUUGAUCGAAGAAACCAAGGACGCGACGUCGUACUGCAUGAUUUUGGAGCAGAGAUUGCACGCAUGGCACGUCUUCGCCACCCGCAUCUGUGUCAAAUUUUCGGCGUGGGCAUGGUCGGAACAACUCCAGCCAUCGUGGUGGAAUUUAUGUCCGACACACUGGAAACAAUGAGCGUUGGUGCACGCAGACAGGACUUGCUUCAGCUGAUUCGCUACAUCGAACAUACUGCUGCAGGUCUUCACUACUUGCACUCCAUCCCGAUGGUGCAUCACGACCUGAAGCCAAGCAAUGUCCUCGUUGACAAUGGUGUGGCCAAAAUCACGGAUUUAGGCCUCUCCACGCUACUGCCUAGCGUUGCCGAUCAGUUCCGUGAAGCCGCUCAGUCCAUGACCCAACAGCCUGGUACACAGUUAUUCAUGCCGCCAGAGGCGUUGCAAGAGACGGAAUCUGGCCGGGCAAGGUACGAUCUUUCGCUUGACGUCUUUUCGUUCGGAGUGACGGCAAUGAGCGUGCUGAGCGGUGUGAUGCCCUCCAUUGAGCUCAUGUUCGCACCAAGAUCGCGCCAGGCAGCUGACGGCAGCCACGUCGCUAUACCAGAGCUGGAGCGGCGACACGCGGAGUUUGCUCGCAUCCCUGACGGCCACCCGCUGAAGGACCUAGUGAGACGCUGUCUUGCUGACCCACCGGCCCGUCGACCAGCUGCAGAGGAGAUUCACGAAUUCGUCCAGGGUGUUACUCAGUUCUUGUCCUCAUUGCCGCAGACUGCACCUCCACUUGAAGAAUCUAUGGGUGCUUCUGCAGGCCGCAUCACCACUAUAGUCGACAAUAUGAGAAGUUUGUCAACUGUCGUACGGGACCUGUCGACAUCUCUUUUCCAACAAGGUACCAGGUUGGAUAAUCUCUCUGCACAGGUUGAAGUCACCAACAACCGCAUGACUCAGGUCCAGCAGGAGAUCUCUGCUGAAGCCCGAACUAGCUAUGAACAAGUGGCACAGCUGAGCGACACAAUGGCGAGAGGUGAACAAGAUACAACAGCAGCAUGUGAACGGAUAGUGGAAAUGCAAAAGCAGACCAACACAACUGUCCGUCAACUACAGGAGCAAAGUGCUACAAGCACCACAAGCAUUGGACAACUACUGGAGCAGCAACAAGACACUAGUGAUGAGUUUUCACGUGUCUCAGCAGCUAUUGCCACCAUUCAACAAGAUCAAUCUGACAUGCGCAGUGACUUGGAGGGAAAAAUCGGCGAUGUGCAGUCAGCAGUUACUGCUGUAUCAGCUACCAUGGAAGGCCCUCUCAGGAAGGUUGCUAUACCAGAUCACUAUAGGUCCAUUCGUAAUACAUUUACAUCAUUUGGUAGCCGUGGUAAUGGCUGUGCGCAGUUCUAUAGCCCACGUGGCAUCACAAUCAGCAACGAUGGAAAGGUCGUUAUUGCUGAUCCUGGCAAUCAUCGGGUGAAGUUCACCACACUGGAUGGUACAUUCAUACGUGAUAUAGGCAGAUACGGCAGUGGUAAUGGUGAAUUCAACACCCCCACUGAUGUAGCUGUGGAUGACGUUGGUGAUCUUGCGGUGGUUGACAGGAACAACAGGAGACUGAUGAUCCUACAUCAGGAUGGGCGUUACGUAAAAACGAUUGGUAACGGUACUCUUAGUGGAUCGUAUGGUGUUGCAGCACUGUCUCUGCCCCAGCAUGGUAUUUGCUAUGCUGUGACCGAUAUCAAUGACCACAGUGUGAGAGUGUUUGAGAAAACAGGAAGGCAGUUGAACAAGUUUGGUACGGCAGGAAGUGGACCAGGACAGUUCAACACACCACUGGGUAUUAUCUCGUCCAACGGCAGAUUGCUGGUUGUGGAUAAGGACAAUCACCGUAUCCAGGUUUUCACUACUGAUGGAAACUUCAUUGCCAUGUUCGGAUCAUGGGGAGAGUCAGAUGGUCAGUUCAAGAAACCUCGGUGCAUUGCCGAGGACAAUCAUGGCCACUUCCUGGUCACUGAUGCUGAUAACCACCGUGUUCAAGUGUUCACUUCUGACACAUUCUGGCACGUGGCUACCUUCGGUUCAAGCACCUGUUUUAAUUGUCUGUUCGGCAUUGCAGUAUCACCCAGUGGUACUGUGUAUGUCAGUGACUGGGGAAGCCACUGUGUCACCAUGUUCUAACUUUUGUCAGGGAGCAUCUUGUUUCUACACUAAUGUUUCUCACUGCUGUAAAACAUGAACAGGACCAGUAUUAGCAGGUUUGAUUGGUCUGGCUUCCCUAUAGUAUUUCAGAUUUUUGCGUGACACAUUGAAUAUGCAUGACCUUGCCAGUAGUAAACAUGGCAGGCGAACAGUAGAUCCAGCCAAGUCCUGACCGACUGGAGCAGUUCCAACAUGCCUGAUCAAGAUGGUGAACAUAUGAGCAUUUCCAAUCUCUGUUCAUCAUACUUGCAUGCUUCAAUGUGUGCUUGCAUUAUGCGUGUAUGUGUGUGUGUGUGUGUGUGUGUGUGUGUGUGUGUGUGUGUGUGUGUGUGUGUGUGUGUGUGUGUGUGUGUGUGUGUGCAUGCGCUUGUGUCUGUAUGUGUGACUAUGCAUGUGUGUGGGGGUAUGUGUGUGUGUGAGUUUGUGUAUGUGUGUGUGCAUGUGUGCAUUUGCUUAUAAACUCCUGAACUGAGUUGUUUAUCUACAUUGUACUUCGAUCGCUUUCAUUGUUACAUAUUCUCGCUGUGCAGAGGAUGAUUCUAUUGAUUGUGUUAGCUGUGUGCUCUUUUUCCUUUCUCUGAAAAUCUAUUGCAUUUCAGCCAAAUGUCUAGCUACAAAGUGUCGCAAUACAUCAUCACAGAGUUUUUUUCUGUCACUUUUGGAUACUGUGAAGAAUGUGCAGAAUGUCUGAGGUGCUGUUUUCUUUCAAUCAUGUUUUGUGGUGUUGGUGUUUUGUUUUAAUAUCUACAAGUAUAUUUUGGAAAUGUUUCAAAACGUUUAAAAUGUUGCUGCUCACCCUUGCUUGGUCUGAAGAGAUGGAGUAUUGAUAGUUGUCUGAUGAUUACCUAUGGAGUA